AUGACGAUGUGUCCCUUGAAUCCAAAAUGGUUAAGAAAACAAUAUGAAAUAACGAUGCAUGGUACUAUUGACGAAAAAUAUAAGUUUCUAAUUCCCGAAACGGGUUUCAAUAUGCAAUUCAAUAACACAGUCGUGUAUUUUCGAAUAACAUUAGUCGGCGGUUAUGAUCGGGCAAUACAAUACCAAUGUAAAAUGGAGAACGAUGUCCGAGUAUUUACGGGUAUUAACUUUUUGAGUCGAGACCAUUUUAAUUCGGACAAUGAAAGACAGCGGGCUGUCGAUGAAAUGAAAACAGAAGCCGAGAAAGUCGGCAUUGAACAAGAAUAUUUAGAUCAACUAAAAAUUGUUGGAUGGCAAACAUGUUAG